GGACUCUCAACCUCAUAGUCAAUGCCCAGGAUUUCACUAAAAGGACAAACUAGAGAGGAAACAUCUUUCAGGGUCCUUUUCCCCUACAUCUAUCACAAUGGCUGGAUUUUAUAACUGUCUACGAGGUCAAAUGGACCACAGUAUAGUGGCUUCAGGGCUAUCAGAUGUGGCAAAAAACCAGGAGCCAACAGACACCCCAGAUGAAUGUCCAGGAAAGAAAAGAUCAAAGUUCCAGACAUUUAAGAACUUAUUUGCCAAGAAGAAACGAAAAGAGUCCAGUCAGUCCACAGAUGAGGUCAACACCCCUGAGCCCUCACUGGUCCAGUCUGACACUAGCCAUGACUCAGAGUCUCAGGUUAACAUGGGAAACAAGUCCAUGUCACAUGACAGUGUCUUCAUUUCUGAUUCGCCUUCAUCUGAAACCAACGAUGGCUUGAUCUCCUCCCAGGAGAACAUUCAUGGGAAAGUCAAGUCUCUGCAGUCCUCAAACCCUGACCAAAGAACCACUUCAUUCAGUCUGGAGGGAUCAGACAGGGAUGAUGACCAGUUGUCCUGUGACGCUUCUUCCAGGACAGCCAGCCCUCUCACCUCUCUCCCAGUGGACUUCAGCCAGCCUGCCAGUCCAGCUAGUUGUUUAGAUAGCUCUGCAGCCCGCCACCGCAUUGCCAUCAGGCACAAGGCCUUUGCUAAACGGAAGCCUGCCAGUAGGGAGAUGCCAGAAGGUAGUAACUCAAAGGUUUUGGGUGGAGUGCUGGGGCUAAAUGAAGAACUGAGUGCGGGCAACACAGAGUCAGCUGCACAGGAAGAGGGAUGCAAAGUUGUACAGGUGGAGCUGCAUCAGACAGGUGGAGACAUGGUUGAGGAGCAGGGAGAAAGGACAGAUGCCGAGCAUCUCAUAAGUUUCCAGCAGACAGGAGAGGAUCAUGGCAUUAAGGUUCAGCUCUCCAUGGAAGAGGAGGAGCACAGUACUGUACAAUAUCUCUCCGAUAUAGGAUCCCAGCAUAUGGAUGUGUCUUCCUCCAUCACCAAGAGGAAAAUGGACCCAGAGGAAAUCCUGCCAGCUUUGGAAGUCCAGGAGUCCCAGCAGACAGGGGGUGGGGUGAACGACCAGAAGCCUGGCUCAUUGCUUCAGGAGGAGCAUGCCCCCACUCUCCUGCCUGUCUCAGAUCCUGGGGUUGAGGCCCCAAAAACACCGCAGGGGUGUGGAUUGGAGGUCAUCUUAGUUGAGAGUCAGGCUACCCUGAACAUUCCCCAUGCUGAGGAACUCUCGCCACCCAGCCCUUAUAGAGCCAGUGCAAAAAGAAAUCAAGAAGAGUGGCUUGAGGAAUCAGGAGAGUGUGAUGAGGAAAAGGAGGUGGUUGAACGUGUAGAAGAUCGAACUAAAAAGCAGAGUUUGCCGGAAGAGCAGGAGGAGGAGGUUUCCCCACUGCUAACGCAGGAGGAGGAGGAGGCUGUCCUGGACUCUGCAGAUAAAGCAGGCUUGCUGUCUAACACCUAUUCCAAUUCGGAGUGCGGUAGCAACACAAGUUUGGAAUUCACCAUGGAGCGCUCUAGGUCCAUCCAAACCAUGAAAGGUGGUAAAUGUCCCCCUGAGCCACAAAUCAUAAGGGCAUCCAACUCAGACUCUGUCCUUCCAUACCCAGAAGAAACCAGUACAGCCACAGCAAACAUUUAUUUGUGUGUAGACUCAGAACCCAACUCAGAGAAGCAAGCUGUCUUACAAGCCCCAGUGGUUAGGAAACCACAAGCCUCUCUGGGGAGCAGAACCCGCUUCACCAUCGCCCCUGCAUGGCAGAGAUUACUGCAAGGAGGCACCUCCCAAGAGAGGCCUUUCACUGCCCAGGUGGAAACUAAAGCAUCCAAAGAAUCUCCCAAUGGGGCAAGAGACCCUUGCUACAAGGUGAUGGACCAGAAGGAGGAACCCUUGCACCCUCAGAAGGCAGCUGCCCUGUCUUGGCCUGAUGUGGCCAAAAGUGCAGGACACAACUUUAUACCUCGAGACCACUCACCUCAAGAUUUGGGAAGCCCAGAGAAUCAGUUUGGGAUCAAGCUGAGAACGACCUCAGCUUUGCUCCGCUACAGUGCCACUGGCUCAUCAGAGGUCCUGGGGAACCCUACACCAAAAGAACCCAUCAACCCCCAAAAAUUACCCAUGUCCCAGCCUCCCAGCACCAAAUCCUCCCCUCUCAAAAAGGUGGACAACAGCUCUGCCAAAGUCAAAAAGACACCAGAGCUGACGGUUGAUGCACCUGAAAGAAAGGUGGCUUCACCAAGCUGGGUCUCUGCAGCCAGGCAGAACAAGAAAAUCUUCAAUAAUAACUUGCAGGAAGAGACACCUGGGAGAGAAUCCCCUUUAGUGAUUGAACCACAGAGGAAAAUCUCAUUGCCAUUAUCGCUAAAUCAGACCAGCAAAGAACAGCCAAAGCCAAGUUCACCAUUAACAGCAAUGUCCUGUUCCCGGGAGAUCUCCAGACCUGCGACCGUGGAGGAGCAGAAGAGAGUCCUGUCUCACUCGCCCCCCUCGCCUCUGGGCCAGGAGGAGCCCCCCUGGCUAGCACUGGCCAAGAAGAAGGCCAAAGCUUGGAGCGAGAUGCCCCAGACAGUGCAGUAGACAAAGAGUUCCUGAAGAGCCGGAACAUUCCGCCACCACCAAAAGGCACAGGUGCAUAGGUGUACAGGUGAGUGGGGGUGCACAGUUUGGUUCACGGUUUUGGUGAGGUUCAGUACAGUUCUGUAUAUUUUUGAUGAAGCAGAGACAAAAGUUCCAUUGCCAAUGCCAAUAUUUAAUUUGAUGAAAAUGUUAUUAAAAUGGUUAUCAAACCGUGAUCAAGUUAUUAUCAAAUGCUUGAGAACAAACAGGUUUUCCUUCAAAAGGAAAAGUGCCAGAAAAUAGUAUCCACUUUUUAGGCUAAAGCUAAGCCCAUCAAUAUAAAAUGCAGCACAAACUCAACCCGCAUUGUACUUAGUAAGCAAGACAAGACUGCAUUCAUUCGUUUUUUAAACAAUAAAAAGAUCAUAAUAAAAUAAAAAUACAUUUCCACUGGAUUUUUAAAUGCAG